AUGGAUGGCGCUGACGACACAGUUGAAGAUCCUGUGGAGAUGUGUCGAAAUUCAGAGGAAGAAGAAGAAGCCUCUUCUUGGUGCUUGUGGCUAAAAAGCUUCAAUUCAAGAAGAUACUGCGAUGAAUUGGUUCAACUUUUCAAGCUUGCAGGACCAGUGAUCUUAUUCCAGGUGAUGGUCUUCAUGAUCAGUACCGUCAGCAUGAUAUUCUGUGGCCACCUGGGCAAAACAGAAUUUUCAGCUGUAUCACUGGCAAUUGCGGUGGUUAAUGUGACUGGUAUUGCCAUUGGAACUGGAUUGUCCUUAACUUGUGAUACUCUCAUAUCCCAGACAUUUGGAGGCAGACAACUGAUGCGUGUAGGUGUUAUACUUCAGAGGGGAGUUCUGAUUCUGCUCUUGGCUUGUUUCCCCUGCUGGGCUGUCCUUAUCAACACUGGACCACUUCUAAUCGCAGUCAAACAGAGCCCAGAGGUUGCUAAUUUGGCACAACUUUAUGUGAAGAUCUUCAUGCCUGCUUUGCCGCCGGCAUUCAUGUACCAGCUGCUGGGCAGAUACCUUCAGAAUCAGGGCAUUAUUUGGCCUCAGGUCAUAACUGGUGCAAUUGGAAACAUCCUGAAUGCAAUGAUCAAUUACGUCCUUCUCCAUUGUCUGGAUUUGGGUGUUGCUGGUUCUGCUGCAGCCAAUACAAUCUCCCAGUAUGUUUUGCCUGCCCUCUUACUGGCCUAUAUUUACUGGAGGGGUUUGCAUAAAGCCACGUGGGGAGGCUGGUCACUCGAAUGUCUCCAAGAGUGGGGACCCUUUGCCAAGUUGGCCAUCCCAAGCAUGUUAAUGUUUUGUAUGGAGUGGUGGGCUUUUGAAGUAGGAGGAUUCCUUGCUUCCUACAUUAGUGAAGUCGAGCUGGGAGCCCAGUCCGUGAUGUAUCAGCUGACGGUUGUAUCUUUCAUGAUCCCAAUGGGACUGUCUGUUGCCGCUAGUGUUCGAGUUGGAAACGCUCUUGGCGCAGGAAACCGUGAGCAAGCCAUUCUGUCUUGCAAAGUCUCCAUCAUCUGUGCAUCUGUCGUGGCAUGUUGUGUUGGAAUUAUCCUCACCCUUUCCAAAGAUGUAAUUGGUUACAUUUUCACCACCGACCCGGACAUUUUGAAAAGGACUGCUGAUGUCAUGGUCCUUUUUUUCUUCAUGCAUCUUGCCGAUUCUAUUGCAGGUGUGAGUGGAGGUGUCUUUCGAGGAGCUGGAAAACAAAAGGUUGGUAUGUUUUCCAAUCUGGUGGGACACUACCUCAUUGGCUUUCCCAUCGGUGUGACCCUAAUUUUUGCAACAGAGAUGGGCGUCGUAGGACUUUGGAUUGGUCUUACCCUCUGUGUAGUACUGCAGGCUAUUUUCUUUGUCUUGUAUUUGUGCAAACUUGAUUGGAGAAAGGCUACUGAAGAGGCUCAGCUGAGAGCAGGAGUCCAGAUCAUAAAUGAAGGCAUGGCGAUGGUAGUCUGUCAGCCAGAAUCAAACACUGAACAGGUUGCUGGUCCUCGUCUUUCACCAAGAUGCGAGAGCACUGCAGAGGGCCGGCGUGAAACUGCAUCCACUCAAAUCCGUGAUGCUCUCAGUGUAAAGCAGCUGUUCAUACGUCGUGGUUUGAUGUUUCUUGUCAUGGUUGUCAUCUUAGUGAUUGGAAUCAUUUCUAAUCACUUCCUUGUACAAAUAUGCUACAGCAAGGGGGAGCCAGGACGCCAGGUCAAGUGGGGGGUGAUUUCAUCAUCACCCCCCAACAUCCAGAUUGGGUACCAAGCCCCAAGAGCAGCGGAAGAGAAUGAAAGAGCAGCAGACCUUAGAGAGAAGAUCAUGAAGUCCUGGGGGAACUCAACUAUCUCCUACCUGCCAAGGCUAACAAACAAAGUACCAUCAAAAUCUUUGCUGGAGGAUGUAAACACAGCACUGCUGAACAUCCCCACCGUAAACAUCACUGAGACCAAUCAGCUGAUAUAUGCAGCAGUAUCAGUAAUCCUAGAGUCACUUGGCUACAAGAUAAGCAGCACCAGUAGCUGGAAGGAGCCUCCAUGGAAACGAAGGCUAGAGGCAAAAAUCGGAACAACACGGAGAGAAGUUAGCCUCCUAACAGAGCUGAGCAAAGGCGUGAAACCUAAGAAACAACUGCCCAAGAAAUACAGCAAGCUGUCCACAGCUGAGGCACUGGAGACUGCUAAGCAAAGGCUCACAGCCCUAGCUAGCCGCCUAAAGAGGUACACAGGAGAAGCAGAGGCCAGGAAAAUAAACACUAUGUUCUCCAAUAAUCCAGCUAAGGUCUACUCUCACUGGCAGGGUACCAAGACCACAGCAGACCCACCCAGGGCUGAGACUGAACAAUUCUGGAAGAUUAUCUGGGAAAAAGAGGCGUCUCACAACACUAAGGCCCAAUAG